AGCACUGCCCUCGGAGCCUGCCACCAGGGAGCCGCUAUUGAAGGCCUCUGCCCUACCGGCGAGACUGUCCAAGUUCCACCGAGCUCAUACACCACCUUCUACCACAAUGUCAGCUCCGCCGCCAACGAGAGCGCUGGUGCUGCCAACGCCGAAGGUGUCCUCAGCUGGAUCCUCCGGGCUGGCGGCAACCUCACUGUUCCGUCCGCAAUGAGUCUACCACCCGGAGACCUUACGUCGAACGUCAUCAACCCUACCUUCUUCCCUGGCGUGGAUCGUUACAACCCCGUUGCUUUCGAGGAGGAUGGCUGCCUCUACAUUCAGACAGCACUGGACGACACUGUCAGCCCGCCAAGCUACUAUAACCCCAAUCUAAAGGUCAAGAACUGGUACAUCUGCCUCACCAGGUGGUCGUACUUGUACCAGACGCUGUCGUGGAAGGUCGGUGUUACAGGCUCGCCCCAGAACCCUUCAUGCCAGAAGGUAGAUGUCAUCCGUGUCUUCAACUGA